AGUAUGUUCGUUCAAUGUCUAGCGGCGCAAAAACGCGCUGCAAUGGAGCAAUACGAAACAGCGCGAUAUCUGGUCGACUUAUAACGAUGAUUGCUUUGUCAAUUCCUUCGUUUAGGAAGCCUAGAAAUGACAAGGAAUAUACAGUCUACGAAAUUCACAUCACGAAGCCCAAUGGACGUGAAGUAAUAAAAGAGCGUCGCUACAGAGAAUUUGACGAUUUCCAUAAACAAAUUAGCAAAAUUGUACACGAACCUCUUCAUUUUCCUUCAAUGAAAAUACCAAAGCCUUUGAAUACAAGCUCACGAUUCUUGGAAUCGAGGAGAGAAGCUCUGGAGAAGUACUUAAGGACAGUUUGUUCUUUUAUUGGGAUUAGCGAAGUUCACGACCUUUUAACGCAAUUUUUAGACAUUAGUUUACCGCAACACUUUCAAAAUGUGGAUGUGUCACGAGCAAGUUCGACUGAAGAGUUGGAUGCCUAUAACGAUGAGGUAACGAGAUUGACUCAUCAGCCAUUGAUGUGCUUCAUCAGUGAUCCCUUCAAAGACAGAAAUAGUAACAACCCUUUGCCAGAUAUUGUUUUGCAAGGCACACUCAAAGGUCUCUAUGGAUAAGUUUGAGAGGGAGGCAUGGAGAGAGGGGACCUGUCUCACAAGGAAACUUUUCAGGGUGUGUUUAAGUCUGCCAUUGACUGCUGAUUGCUCAUCCAUAGGAGCUUAAGCAUAGAUGUUUUUAAAUGACUUUCCACAUCCAAGAAGUGGCUAUGUUUAACCUCUCUUUAUAAAAUAAAUGAUAUACUACAAGCACCCUGAUUGGUCUAAAACCUAAUAUCAAUUGUACUGUAAACCUCUAGAUAUUUUAUAGAAGCACCACCCACACUUUCAGUUGGUUUACCUAGCACUAACCCUCUUGGGAUGUUAGGAGAAGACUUGCAAAGUUUGAGAAUUACUUGCCCCUGGCUCAUGAUUUCCAAACUUUUCUCAUAUUCUCUAAACAUCCCGCGUGGGUUUUUACGCUGGUAAACUGAUAUAAAGUACAGUCUGUCUCAAGUAAUUUUUGUAUGUUUUAGCAUAUGUUGAAAAAAACAAAACACCUAAUAUCAUGGAACAGUAGACUUGAUACUAAGGAUUUUCUGGGAAUUGUGGUUACUCCUGAUGUGGCCCAUCUUUCAUUUUAUUUUGUGUCAGUAAUUUGAUAUUCCACACAACAUCACAGUUAUUACUGUAACACAUCCCAAUAAUUUGGAGAUAUUUAUUGUAAAAAUUUAGAAAACCUGAAAAAUUGGCGAUGCAGAUAUGCCAUUCUCCCAGAGCAAAUAUCCAUGAAUACCACAUCAAACUCCUUCUUUCCUGCUAAAUAACUAAUCAAAAAAACUUUUGGGCACCAUAGAAUAACAGAUUUUAAUGCACUUUUUUGACUUUUUAACUCUUUUUUUAGCAGUUCUUCACAUAUUUUUCUGCCUUUGUGAAAUAUUUAUAAACAUAUAAGAAAAGAAAUCCAAACACUGUUAGUUUU